AUGUUGCUGUGAGAAGCCUCAGAAGCCUUUAAUUAUUUCAAAAGUUAUCAUUAUUUCCUACUUCUGAGAUUGCCAACUUCUAAUUUCACAACUUUUUUGUUUUGUUUGAAAAAAAGGCAAUGACCUUGUCGAACUUCUGAAAUGUUUUCCGAAAAAUACCGGCUAGCUUGGAAACGAUUGUCCUAGAGGGACUGCUCAGAAAUCCUUCACGGUGGGCGGAGUCCUAGGCCGUCGUCUUUUCCAUCUGCUGACGGAUGUGUUUUUCUUGCGUUCUUCCGUCGUUUUUGAUGCUCACCACUGAAACUUGUUUAAAUUCUGUUUAGCAUUUCCUUUCGUGAAUAUCAAGUGCUAUUGGCGGCAUCUCAUUUGAAUUCUCAAAGGAAUCACUCAUUUUCUUUUCUUCCUGGUUGUUUAACCUAGCCGAAAAAAAUUGCGUGAUUUCGCAGCUAAUGAAGCAUCUGUACUUGAAGGCGGUAUUCCGGCUGCCCGAUGCGAAGGGCCGCGACGGCGGUUUUGCUUCUGACGCUGUGCCAACGGCUAGCCUCCAUCGUCAUCGACAACGACUACAACAUUUCGGCCGACGAGGAGACCACCACUGAGGUCCAUUCUUUCUCUCCUUCUCGUUGAGUCGAUUAGCGCUAGAAUUCAGCCUUUUUUCAUUUUUUUUUUUUUUUGGCGAUUAAUGACUACUGUCAUAACAUUCGAUAGCAAUUAUCAUGAUCACUUUAAAUAAUGUCGUUCUUUCCAUUGAUUAAGUUUUGUUCAAUUUCUUUUGAAUCCUAACCCAAUAACUGAAUGGUUUGUCUUCAUUUCAAGGUGUCUUUCAAACUUUUCAAACAUUCAUUAGCACUUAAUGAUUUUUCCGAAAUUAUACUGUGGCAGUUCCAUGAAAUAGUUUAAUAUCUCUGAUUAUUCAAAAGUAGAAGUUCUCACUAAUAAUCAGAAAAGUUACUUUGGCGUUCUGCGAACUUCUCGCUAGGUGGCAUAAAUGAUGAUUUAAUAUCUAAAGAAUCUUAGUACAUCAAUGUCGAAGAAGUUCAGGCCUCGCGAAAGCGGAACUGCACCCGCCAGCCGGUGAUCAUCAACCGCCUUCUCAACGGCACCGGAUACAACAAAUUCCGCAUUCCGAGCAAGUUUUUUGGCAUCCACUUCUCUUAAUCUUGUAUCUGUCCUCUGUCAGUGAAAAAAAAACAUCUUGUACUUUUAGAACGGGAAGCUUCCAAAUUUAUGUUCGAAAAUGGCGUUGAAGGUGGUUUAAGGAAAGAAGAAACAUGAGAACGCUUGAUUUGGACUCUAAUCCCUUUGCGUUUUCGUCCACCCGCACUCAAAAUUUUCGGACAAUUAUUGGUCUUCUCAGCUGGUAGUAGAAGUUCCAAACAACAAGAAAAUGAAUCCCAACUUCACUUUUUUUUUUUCAGCCUAGGGACUCCCCGUGAAUCAUUAUGAGAAAAUAUUAAUAAUUCGGAAGUCUGUAACAAAAAGGCGUGAGAACCUCGAAAUUAUUUGGCAAGAGAGAAUUUCUGAGAGAUUUUUCGGCUGAUUCAGACGACGACGGCGUGAAGGUGAGCGUCGAGUUCUGGGUUCAAGCCAUCACUUCCAUCAAUGAGAUCACCAACGACUUCGAGGUUGUUUCAAAGGGAGCACUAUAAUCAUUGAGAAAAGACGAAUGAGUCUAGGACAAAACUCACGAUUCGUGCUUUUUUGUAUACUAAGGCAGCGGGGGAUCAACUUUAGCCGUAAUUUUUUUUAUUAUGAAGAUUCGACUGAUUUAACCGGAUUCGAAAUAAGACAUUGCUACUGUCUGCUCUCUUGUUCUCGUAAGCUGUUUCGCUGAUUUUACCAGGAUAGUUUGUUUGAAAGUUCACUCGUCUUUUAAAUUUUGUGAUAAACUAACCGAGUAUAAUUGUCUUCAAAUUCCUUUUUUUUAACUUUAUUUUUUCAUUCGACUUCUCUCUUUCCUUGAUGAAAUUUGAUAGGUAUCUAUCACUUUGGUAACGAGAAAAACAACAUACUUGGAGCUGCUGAAUAACCCAACCGAAAUUAAAUGUAAAAUGAGAAGACCAUUUGUAGAUGGACAUUUACAUCAACGAGAUGUGGAUGGACCCGUCACUGAACUUUGAGCACAUGAACCCUUGCAAGCAAAAUCUCUCUCUCAGCCACCAGGUGAGCGAUUCCCAGUCCUCAGUAUUAUUAGACCCGAUGACGUGACCGCUAGACUAUGCUUUUUCUUAGGGGAACUCUAUGAGAACUCGACAUAAAAUCCCGAUGGAAAGUUUAGGUUCAAAAAUGAGCGAGGAAAACUUAGUUUUGAGUUUGAAAUCACAAAACUUUGUUAACAAUAUCUCAUUGUUCCGCAGUAUCGAGCUGGUAUCGCUAUUUCUUGUUUGGAAGAAAAUCUUGAGUUUUUCAAGAAAAAGCUUGGAAGAGUGGAAAAGACCAGAGAACCAGAAUUGGUUAUUGUCCACAGCAAAAACAUUUAUUCUUUUAUUCUUGAAAGAAUAUGCCCAACGCUCUUGUUUUACAUCAGAAAUGAACAACGCGGCUUUUGUCUGAACAAAUAUUUCCCUUAAACGAAUUUUCGAAGAAAAUGAAAAGUUUUUUAAAUAACUCGGGUAACAAUUUUUUUUCUAUAAACCACAAAAGCAAAUAAUGGCGACGCAAAAACGUUUAGCUCAAUUUUUGAAGCCUUUCUCAAGAAAAUUUUGAAUUUUUUCGAUCGUUCAUUCAUUUUAUUUUUUUUUGGAGUUUUUUUUCUUGACCAUUAAGAAAAACGUGAAUUCGAAAAACUUUCGAUGUCUUUCCUUGUUAUGAAAUUGAAGCAAAAAAGGGUGAAGAUUUACUUCUCAGGUUCUGGACCAGCUCUGGACGCCCAACAGCUGCUUCAUCAACAGCAAAUUCGCCGAGAUCCACGACUCCCCUUUCAAGUCCGUCUUUGUACAUUUUUCAAAGAGAGAUAUAAAACUUCCGGACGCCAUGAUUAAACUUCCCUGUUUUGUUUUCAAAAUACCUAAAUUUUUUUGCUGCUUCUUGCGCAGAAUUAACAUUUCUUUUUUCGAGGUUUAGUCGAAGAAAAUAAAAUGAAAAAUAUUUUUUUCUAACCGAAAACUUUUUUUCGAGAAAAAAACUAGGGUAAAAAGUUAGCAGCUUCUGUGAAAUUUUUGAUUAUAUGAAGUCUUUAAUAAACUGUCAGAACAUUUUAUUUUUCAAAAAGUUCUUGGAAAAUGACUUACUUGUUAGAUCCAAGAAAAAAAUAUUGCUUUUUUGUUGUAAAAAUCAAUCUUGUAAGUAAUGUACGGUUCGGAAGGUCCCUGUCUUAUUUUUGUAGUCUAGCUGCUAUUUUGGAGCGAGUGUGUGUUUAUUAAUAGAAUCGCCACCCUCAUCAAAUUUCUACCAAAUUUCAUUGCUCUGUUCAUUUUCACACGUUUGUGGUAUACUUUUAUAAAGCUUUCCUAUGACCUCUAAAAUCCAUAGAUGAAAAAUGAACUUUCAAAAAUGACUAGCCCCAGAAGCAGUGUCCCUCUUAAAUGAGAGUUUUUUUUCUAAAUCAAACGUUGCAGGAACGUCUUCUUGAUGCUGUACCCCAACGGAACAGUCUGGGUGAAUUACGUGAGUUGGCGGCGUCUUUUAUUCCGAUAUCCGAGCCUUUUGCAGCGCGUCAACGUGAAGGGACCGUGCAAUUUGUCGCUCGAACUCUUCCCCCUCGACAUCCAGGAGUGCAACUUGAUCUACGAAAGGUGAGUUGCUCUUCUGUUUCCCGGGAUUCCUUGGCCUCAGCUUCAACUACAACAACCAAGAGGUGAUGAUGCGAUGGGCGGAGCACAAUCCGACGCCGGUCAUCACUACCGGAAAAAUCGUCCUACCCGACUUCGACCUCAUGAAAAUAACUCCUACCAGGAUAUCUGCGGUUCGAAUUUCUAUCAUUUUGUUUUAUUCCUGAUCGGUUCUACUUUAUGGACAAAAUUUUUCUUUGCAAAAUUUGAAGAUGAAAGCUGGAAACUUUCAGUUAUUUUAUAGAAUCUUUUGGAGCCAGACAUUUUUGAAGACGAAAAAUGAAAAAGAGAAAUGGAAAGUUGCAGCCGUACCCAGCUGGCAUGUGGGACGAGCUGCACGUGAGGCUAGUCUUCGAGAGACGCUACAUCUGGUACUUCAUGCAGGCCUACCUGCCCACUUACCUCACCAUCUUCAUCAGGUGGGCCGUCGGCCCUGAAGCGGCCACUCUCUUCCUUGCAGCUGGAUCUCCUUCUCGCUCGGCUCCAAGGCGAUUCCGGCCAGGACGAUGCUCGGCGUCAACGCGCUCCUCGCCAUGAUUUUCCAGUUCGGCAACAUCAUGCGCAACCUUCCACGCGUUUCCUACAUCAAAGCUAUUGGUCAGUCGUGAGCUUCCAAGUAGACUCUGUCUCUGGAAACUCAGCUCAAAAAGAGUAGCUCGAAAUUGUAUGAUGGAGAAUGUGUAGUUCUUUCAAAAACUUGAUCGAAAAUAAGACUUCAUAAAGGUGCUUGUAUGUUGAGAAUAACAUGAAAUCCUUUCAAAAAGUUAUAUAGGCUUGAAAAUUUGAUCCUUUCCAGUAUUAUCGACUGCAAUGAGUCAGUAAUAUGUAUGCUACACAGAAAAGAGCCGUAAUGAAAAAGUUUGAAUUUAUGGGCUGGCCAUACAUCUUUCUAUAAGUCUCACUUGGGAUUUCCAAAACGCUGAGCAACACAAAAACUCGUUCCUUAGCCCCAUAAAUCAACCAAACAAAAAUUGAAAACAUUUCGGCUUUUCAGUGCGUUUUUGAUUAGUUCCAGAAGAUAUGUAAACCUUGAAUUGAAGAAAUUCGAAAAGAUGUUGAAAAAAUGUUGAUUUGAGACGUUUGGAUGCUCGCCUCGAUGACUUUCGUAUUCUGUUCGCUGCUCGAAUUGGCAAUAGUCGGGUACAAAACCAAAAACGAGGAAAGCGGCAGGAAAAAAAGCUCUCAUAAAAAGGUAUUUUUUCUCAGACUUGAAGAAUUUUUCAAUUUUUUUUUUCUGCUCAUAAGAAAAAUGAGAUUCAAAAAACUCCAAGAACUUUCAGUUGCAAGCGCUAGACAAUUUUGAAUCCUCACCGGCCGGUUUGUGCCGUUACGAGAAACGUUUCAUGUUGCCCGUGGAGCGGAGACACAUCAGCUGGUCUGACGUCAUCCGGUUAAAAGUAUGAUCCGAGUAAACUUCGAAGCGAUUUCUCAAUGCUUUUAGGCGCUCAAGGAGGUUUGGAAUUGGCCUCCCGAAAAAAUUGAUCGCAUAUCAGCUAUCGGGUUUCCUGCCUGUUUUGCAAUAUUCAAUGUAUGCCGUAGUUCUGAGGUUUUCCAAGGUUCAAGACCGUUUUCAGAUCAUUUAUUGGUCUUACUACUACAACAAGAAGUUAACGCAAGCGGCUCAAAUCUGA